CUUUUCUCAGUGUGCUCAGGCAAAUCCAGGGUGUUGUUUGCUGUUUAAAGUGUUGUGGAGAAUUUUUAAGUAUUUUUUUUAAAUCUCUGCCCCUGUGUGAUCAUACAGGGGCUUUUUUUUUUCAAAUCAAACAUUUUUCUUGUUUUCCUUUCUUUUUUCGAUGCUUUUUAUGUAAGCAUUUUGUCAAGACUGCUUACUUUUCUUGUCUCUGAUUCUCAGCUAGAACCUUUUUUCGUAGGUAUUUUUCUCCACCUUAAAGUCAGGUUGUGUACUGCUUUUACAGGCACCGUGGCAUUUUUAGAGCAAAACAUCCUUUGAGCUUCUCAGGAGUGAUGACUGGAGUAAUGUGAACAUACUUUUUUGGGGAAUCUACAUACCUGUUUUGGGAAUUGUAUUAUUUUUUUAUCCGAGUAAGUGACAAACUUGGAACCAUGAGUUUCAAUAACAUUCCUACAAAAUCAGAGGUCAUGAGUUGGGAUCCACAGCACUUAGCUGACUUUCUGAGAAGGCGAGAACUGACGGGUUGUGACAAAGUAAUCAUGAAAUGCAAUAUGAAUGGACAGAGAUUUCUGAACAUGUCAGAUAAUGAUCUUCAAAAAUUUCCCAAACUUCACGCUCCACUUAUUAUAAAGAUCUGUCGAGAAAUCAACAACAAGAAAGAGGAGAAGAGAAGUCUUUUUCCUAGAAGGACCCCUGCACCUGCAUUCCAAGAAACAGUUGUUCAGGAUGACCAAGGGUGGGAUUCAGAAGAGUUUGAAAGUGACUAUGAGACCCCAGAUUCGAACGAUGAAGGUGAGGGCAGUGGUGGAGAUUAUGAGUCGCCAGCAGAAGGAGGAGGGGAGAGCGAUAAUGAUUAUGAGCCACCCCCAAGUGAGCCCCCAGAUGACCUACAGCAUCACCAGAUCCGUGCUGCCAAGCCUAUGGGCAACAGCGAGUAUAUUGACAGACCUCAUGCUUCAGUCAAAAGCCAGCCUCCAGUGCCUCCUGCACGUCCUGGGCCUGGUCCUCCACUCCCAACCCCUGGACCUGGACGGCCAAGUACUGCUGGACCAUACCAGAGGUCAGAGCAGUCCCCUCACAGACCUCAGAAACCACCUCCUCCUGACCGCAGUAAAAAGCCAAGUACUCUGGAAAGAGGGUCUAACGCUCCACCAGCCCAAGGAGGACAUCUCUCAAAUGAAAGAAAUGCCCCACUCCCAAGGAGUGCUACAGCUCCUCAGAGGCAUUGUGGAUUAGAUAAGUUUACAGAACCUUCAAGAAUGCCCAAGCCUCCACUACCCACAGGGGGGGUGCGGAGGACUGCCUCCUCAGUCUCUAAUUACAGGCAAGCACCUGAACCCAGAAACGAGUUCCACGAUGACAGUGCCAGACACGGCUCCAACACCUUCCCUCUGCCGAGAAAUCCUUCACCAAGACCACCACCACAAAGACAUGGUGGUCAGCCUGAAAGUGUGCACCAGACCGGAUCCCUGCCGUCAAGGCUUCAGGAGGCAAUGAACAGCCACAGGAGUAGUUCAAGAGGCCCACCGCAACAACCAAUGAGGCCCACUGACCUAGAAACCGGGGGAGAGCAGGGCAUGGACCCUGCUUGGUAUGUGGGCCAGGUCACACGUAGUCAAGCAGAGGGCAGUCUGAGGCGGGUAAACAGGGAUGGAACAUUCUUAGUACGGGACAGCUCAAAGGGCUCGGCCACCCAACCGUACACACUCAUGGUACUUUACCAGAACAAAGUCUUCAACAUCCAAAUUCGCAAAGAACAACAUGGCUUCCUGCUUGGUACCGGCCUUAAAUCUAGUGAGAUCUUUCCAAGUGUCAGUGACAUCAUCAACCAACACAUGCAGAUGCCGCUGCUGUUGAUUGAUGCUAAGAACCGCGGAUCAGGUCAACAGAACCAGUGUACUCUGACUCACCCUGCUGGAUUUUGACCCUCUUCUCUACAACAGUAACUGGACAACAGCACUAGAGGACGAAACAGAAGAGCAGGAUAUUCCACCUGACCUGUUUAAUAAAAGAAGAAAAGCCUCCUUUCACUUCCUAUUAGUAAUCAAUUGUUCCCAGGGGGAAUUUUGUAUUUGUUUUUUGAUGUAUAUUUUAUGGAUUUAGUCACAGUGACACGCUCAGAUUAUGGACUAUUUGUGUGUCGUUAGUUGUUGAGAAAUUAGUCUGCGCUGCUCUCUUUUUAUAGCUUUGAGGAAAAAGGAAAGCAAGAGGAGCUGGAGACCACUGCUGACAUCAUAACUAGGGCAAAUAACCAAGUACAUGAGAUGACAAUAUGUUUUGAUCUACAUCCAUGAUGGAAAAAAAGCUUUUGUAAAUUUAUAGUGUCAAGUGUCACAUAGUUAAGUUUUGCAUUAACCCGUUGUCAAUAAUUCAUGUCCAUGUCUGAAACAUAUGUUCUCCGAGUUUGACCGAGCACAAAUCUAAAGAAUUUUGAAAGUCAAGCAAAAAGGAAAAUUCCUAAUGUAACAAAACAAAUUCAAACUAGUUGCGGUUAGAUGUUCAUCCAAAGUACAACUACACACUUAAAACAGAUGGUUUGUCGAACGUUCUUUAGUAGAGACAACAUUUCUAUGUUGAACCAUGAACACUCAAAGAACCAUUUGCAUGCUCUGGUCAUGGUGAAAUCAUUCUUCAGAUUGGCAGAGAAUGUGUUUAUACGGUUCCACGUGGAAUGUUUUGGGAAAUAGUUCUACACAGCACCACAAAUGGCUCUGUCACUGUUACGAUGUCAAGCUUGUAACAAUAGAAGAACCCUUUUGGUUCUAUGUACAACCAUUUUCAAAAAGGUUCUAUGUAGAACCAUAUACAACACAUGCUUUAUCAACCAUUGAACCAUUGCCUUUACUAGAGAACUUUUAAAGAGCCAUUGUUUCGUCACUGUAGGCCAAUCAGACGUUCUGUGGGGUAUUUCUCACCAUAGCAGACCUAGUUGUUAGUUCUUUCUGAAAAAGUUCAGAUUUACUACACAGAUUUACACUCUAUAUCUGUCCUGCAGACAGAAGCGCUUGGUCAACUUUUAACCGUGAAUUUUGUUCUGCUUUAAUAAAAGUCUACUUUUUUCCCCAAGA